AUGAAUUUACAGAAGCUUAUUUCUACUAGAGAGGGCCAGCGACGUCUUAUUUCUAGACAACUGGAGAAAUUCAACGACGAGUUGUCACUUUCGGAGAAGUCAGCCCUGCUCGAAAUCAUGGAAGAAAAAGCCGAGAUUAUCAAGAACCUCAACGAUAAGAUUGUUAACCAUGCAGAUAUUGACGAUUUGGAAACAGAAUUGGUAGAGAGUGACGAAUAUUCAAUUGAUUUACGAUUGAAACUACGAAAACUGAAGGAAGAUAUUACCAAAUCUAAUAACACUGGCAGCGGCAGCGUGAUCCGUAAUUCACAGGACAUUAACGGUAGUGCUAGAACUUUAUCAAAUGAGAACUUUUCUAAUCAUAGCCACAGAGUGUCGUCUGAAAAUUCAUCUUUUCACAGACUACCUAAACUGAGUUUGCCUACGUUUGAUGGAGAUGUUGAAAAAUGGCAGUCAUUCUGGGACUCGUAUGAGGCUGCUGUACAUUUGAACCAAACACUAUCUGAUGUCCAAAAGUUCAACUAUUUACGUUCCUUACUACAAGACACUGCAUAUACCGCCAUAGCAGGUUUUCCAUUAACUAACAGAAAUUACCAGAAUGCAAUAGAUUUGUUACAAGAACGAUUCGGACAGUCUCAUAAAAUAAUAGAUAGUUACAUGCAGUCGCUUUUAGAUUUACCGAUACCAGACAACAGUGUAACGAGUCUACGCAGGUUUCACGACAAAAUGGAAAACUACAUCCGGGGUUUAGAGUCUUAA